AUGUUAAAUCUACAGUCUAUCGCCUUCGCUCUUUUCACUAUUGUUGUCGACGUUGUCGUUGGAUUCAAUCGUAUCGACUCCGAGCAAAACUUAUAUUCUUCACUCUUGAGCGCUCCAUUCUACAAUGACGACGAAAACGAGAGAGCAAAUGAGUUCGAGGAGGAUGAUCGAGAAACAGCGGAGGAGUUGAAUACGAAUCAAAACGCAAAGGAUAAUAACAACAGUGUCCUCGUUUUGGCCUGGUUCAAGAACUCGUUCAUUUGCUGGAGCCGCUUCGCACAGAAACUUGCCAUCAAAGCACUGAAAUCGUGGACCUCCACUUACCCAUCGAACGCUGAUGAGUGCGCCACAAACAACAAGAAACCGGAAAUUCAACAUCCCGAAUGUCAGGUGGUCGUGGAGCGUUGGAGCCAGGAAAAGUGGCUUCUGCAGACUGACGAUUCAGAGGACAUAGACAAGUAUGAGGAGGAGGAGGACGACGAAGAUAGAGAGUAUCGAGCAGAAAUGGACAAAUUCAUGACUCGCGAGAUGGUACUUCUCUGUGCCGAAUACCUUGAAUAUGACGAAAAUGCAUAA